AUGUCAGCUGACGCAUGCAGUAGAGACAGUCGGGCGGCGGGCCCGUCAGUCAGUCAGUCUACCCGUCUACCGUGGUUAUUUGUGACGGAAGCAUCUCCGUGCACGCUCUACCACCACCCCUACUGUACGUCUAGAUCUAUGACGUCUGCUACCAUGACGACGGCCCAGCAUCAACGUCCCGACGCCUUUUGUUCGCCACCACCGCCCGCCUGCACCGCCUUCAGUAUCGUGGUUGAUGACGUGGACGCCAAUGGAGCAGAAGACAAAAUGCUACAGAAGCUACUGGCAGAUACGGCACCUACAUUGAGGAAACGUACACAAUGUAGCGAGAGCAAGGAGGAUUCUGAUGCUAGGAUCAAACAAAUACAGGUGGAAGCUGAAAGUCGAAAAGUGGAGUUUGCGAGACUUCUGGAAGAACAUGCCCAAGUAAUCCGAAAGUUGAAGCAGAUGGAAGAGGAUGGGGCAGCUCUUGGUGCGUCACACGCGUGAACAUACGUAGUCGAACUCCAUUGUGAAUACUUGUACAUAGCUUGAGGUAUGAGGAAACAAGAGGAACUGUAAUAUAUAUUUAGUGAACCUGUUGGUCCAUCACACUUAAACAUAAAGCCAAUUUACGGUAUAGGAUAUUUUUCAAAUAAUAUUUUUUCAUGAAUAUGAUAUCAAAAUAGUGUUGCCAAGAUAGUUGAUAUUCUAGCAAGUUUUGUUCAUAGACUGAUACUCAUAACACAAUUGUUAUCAAUCAAGGUGAAAGUUAUGACUCAAAAUAGUUAAUGUUAAUAACCUCGCCUCAGAAAACCUGCAGUGCGGACUAAGCAAAUUUCCAUUUGCCACCUUUUGGUUGCAAAUUAGCUGUUGUCAUAAAUUAAAAAAAAAUAAUAGUGCUGCACCCUGUUGGUAAAACUAUUAACUUUGGACACACACAUAUAUAUAUAUAUAUGAAUUUGAACGGAUGCACAUCAAAACGGGGACAUCAAAACAAAAAAGUAAAUCGGUUCCGGGUCCAGGUCUUACCGUGAGACCUAGGUAAUGGCUUAAAAAACAAGACCUAACCUCAAAAGCAGUUUUACACUAACGUUGUCAGAUGUAAUUCCCUUGCUCAAAAUAAAAAUUAAAAAAAGUAAUUCGUAUAAUUUGAAUUUGAUUUAAGAUUGAUGAUGAGAGCCCCCAAUAUCAAUAGUGAGGUGGGCUGGUGAUCAUCACAGUAUUAUUUACUUUUCCUGUGGUACGAUAUAUGAAUUUGAACGGAUGGUGUUUUUGGCUUCUGGGGACCUCAAAAAAAAUCGGUCCUUGGUCCAGGUUUUACCGAGACCUGGUAAUAACUUAUUUCCUAUAUGGGAAAUUUGCUAAAAGUGAACAAUAGAAGUAACUGCAUUUGCCGAAUAACAUAAGAAUUUCUGUAUUCCUUUGCAAAGCCCACAAAGAUAAACACUUAUGUUGUAUUUAGAUUAGUAGGUAGGCCUACUCUAUGUACUAUUUUUUUUUUAAGAGAAGCACACCUAGACAAAAACUAGACAAAACAUACAGUAUUCUAGUAGUUAAACAAUUAACUAUAAUUCAUAAAUAGCUAUAGUACAAAUUCCUAAAUAUAUAAUACAGAUAAUAUUAAAGUUAGGGUCUGUAUGUAAGGUUGAGAUAUAUUAUUUUUUACCAUGCUGAGGAGAAGAACGAUUCAUGUGGUUUGUUGACCUUGAGUUUAAACAAAAAAUAUAUAUGUUCAAAUACAGUCUUAUACAUUAUCAAAUUUAGCUUUGGCAACACUCUCAAGUGCAUCCAAUUUUCUAUGAAUGCACCAUCAUUUAAAGCUAGAUCUAAAUCACAUUUUUUUAAAUAUUGGACUUUUGUUUAAAAACGCACAGUAUAAAUUUGUUUUAAAAACAUAUCCCAACAAUUGUGAAUAGCAACAAUGUAUUUCAGUGUUUGGUAACAGACUGGAUAAUUGUCAUAACUUGCUUUUUCUUAUUUAUUUUAAAUGUGUUGUUAAAUCUUACCAAAGACUUCACGAGUUUCUAAUCCUGUAAGAAUAGAUGGCUUUUAGUUUAUUUGGACAAUUUACCUACAUCAACUUCUAUAUUUUUAUAGGUGAAUACUGUUACUAAAUAGUUUUCUUUGUUGUUUUCUUGUUCAUUAGUUCCUUUGAUUAAGGUUAUUUUUAUUUGUUAUUAUAUCACUGUAUAGAGAGAGGAGAUAGUGGAAACAGUUAGUAAAAUGUGUUUUUCCUACAGUUAUCUGACAAAGCAGGCUUCCUUGCAGUCUUUCAAGCAUGCAAAGAAGCUAAAUUGCUGCAUUUACUUACUUUUGCCGCACUCAUUUUACUUUGGCAUACUACAGUAUAAAAAAAAAAAAAAAAAAAAAACACUCAAAACAGUGAGCUUUUAUAAGGCAUUUGAUAUGUGUACGCUUGAAAAUAAGUUGGUAACACUUAAAGUACGCUUGAAAAUAAGUUGGUAACACUUAAAGAUACUAUAUUGAUACUACAGCUUAACCUGCUGUUGCUUUGUGUAUAAUAUUAUAUUUUCAUUCGCUUGUAUUUAACAUAACCUAAAACGUGUUGUUUAGUGUUCUAAAGACUAAUUAUUUAUAUGCUUUAUAGUAACUGUAGGAAAAAUAAAUAAUGUGUAACCUUUGCUGCACUCGAGAAACUUUCCAUUAGUAAACAUUUUUCUCAUGUGCAGCAAAGUGUCACUUCACGCACUAGUUACACAAAUUAAUAACUAUAGUGGCACACUAGCAAAAUGUGGUAUUUUGUAUUGAAAUAAAUUUGCUAACAAAAUCAAAACAUCACAAUUAUAUUUAUUUAGUCUGUAGGUUUUAAUCCUCAGUAUUAUUAAGUUUUUAUCUUUUAUAGGGAAAUAGUUGUAUGUACAACAUGGUGUCAAAAUAACUAAUAAACUUUAGUGACAAUAAUCACUUUAUGAGGUGCUUUAUCUAGCAGAUUGUAGUCUUAUUACUUUUUAGAUAGCAACUUAUAUGUUUGUAAAAUAAAAUUAUUUUUAAAGUAUA